UUUUACUGAAAGUUUGUUUGAAGUUUGUUUACAAUUUGGAAUAGGAGAAGGAACAGUAAUUCUUUAUACUAAACGAGUUAUUCAAGCAAUUGUGGCACAAAAAGAAACUUUUAUCAAGUGGUCUAUUUUGGAAGAGCGUAAAAAAGUUCAUAAAGGGUUUGAAGAUUUAGGAGGGUUAAAAAAUAUAAUUAGAGCAGUUGAUGGAACACAUAUUCUUAUGAAAAAUGCUCUAAACAAAGAUUCAGAAGUUUAUUUUACUUGA